AUGGAAAUAAAACAAGAGUUUUUACAGAAGAUCCCUAAGUUAGUGGGUCCUCUUACCGAAAUUUAUUUAGACAGAAUAUUAAAUUAUUUUUCGACCAGUACAUUAUCGGACACUAUUAAAAUAAAUACUUUGCUUAAUAAUUUAUCAGACGAAGUUUUUGACGACAUUAAGGCAAUUUGUUCUGAUACCGAUAUUUUAGAUCUUAAAAUUGUGAUUAAAAAAUUAACUUACCUUUUACCAGCGCUAGAUUUAAAUACUUUAAUUAAUAAAUUUAAUUUUCUUCAACAAAACUCAUCAGAGAGUUUUAUGCUGUGGAACAUUAGAGUAUGGAAACUUCAUAAAAAAUGUAAAUUUUUGGACGAUAGUAGAUUAAAAGAAAAACUACGCACUUCUACUUUAAAUGAUAAGAUUAUAUACAAAUUCUCCAAAAACUUUGACUUGACGUUAAAUCAGAUGGUUGAAUUAGGGGUGAAACUGGACUCUAGUAAUAUUAAGUCUGAGGAUAAUGAUAUAAGUUAUAUAAAUAAUGAUAAAAAAUACAAUUAUGGUAAUAAUAAUUCGCGAUACCACGAUAAUUAUAAUAAUUAUAACUACAACAAUUAUCGCUAUAAUAAUAAUCAUCAAUCGAAUUAUGGUAGAAAUAAUACAUGGUAUGAUAAUAAUCAAAGAAAACAAAUCCAAUACGGUGACGGAAAUCGUAACAAUUACCAAUCUUAUUAUAACAAUUCAAAUAAUUAUAGAGGUAAUGAUAAUUAUCAGAGAAAGCAAAUACAAUAUAACAACAACUCAAAUAAUUAUAGAGGUAAUGAUAAUAAUCAGAGAAAGCAAAUACAAUAUAACAACAACUCAAAUAAUUAUAGAGGUGGCGACGAAAAUAAUAGAAAGCAAAUACAAUACAACAAUGAUUACAACAUGAAUAUUGAAGAAAUUAUUGAAGAGAAAGUUGACUCUACAAAGAACAAAGAUGAUAAUUUUAAUGUCAACAAUUUAUCUGGUGACGUGAUUAAUGACAAAGAUAACGCAUUUAUGACUACUUUAAAAGUGAACGAUAUUGUUACUUGUAUGCAGAUUGACACUGGUUCCAAACACACUAUUAUACCUCAUGGUCUUGCUAAAAAACUUGGUAUUAGAGAUCUUAAGAAAUCCGAGCUACAACUCACCGCUUAUGACGGGAAUUUAAUCAAAAUCAUCGGCAACACCCAAGUUAAAGUAACUUAUGAAGGUAUCUCAAAAUAUUUACAAGCGGUAAUCGUCGAAUCAAGUAAAAAUGCCUUGUUGGGACGUACAUGGAUCAAUGCUUUCAAAAAUAUUUUAAAUAAAUUUAUAGCAAAUAUUAACACUAAUUAUGAAGAUGAAAUAAAAAAAUUGAUUAAAGAGUGUGAAUCGAAAUUAACUAAUGGGCCAAUCAACAAAGCAAGUGUCAAGUUACAUUUAAGAAGUGAUGCCCAACCUAAAAUUAUACCGCCUAGACGUAUCCCUUAUUCAAAAAUUGAUCUUGUUAGUAAUGAACUUAAAAAAAUGGAUACAAGAUAA